UAGAUUUGGCAGGUUUUGUGAGUCCUUCCUCUCUCUCUCUCACUCUCACUUCUUUAAAGCAGAGAGAUUUGAGGAAGAAGAGCAGUCGCAGCGAGAGUAAAGCUUCCUUCGACUGUGACGGUGCGUUCAGUUCACGCUCCGGCGACGUUACUUUUAACUCACUUUAGGGUUUAUAGCAAUCGAAAGAGACGAUCGAAGAAGUGAAGUAAGAAAGUCCAAAUUACACAUUAAAGAAUCAAUCCAGCUUCGAAGAGAAGAAAAUGUUGCCUUUGGGUGUUACUGCUAAGAUACAAGCAAAUGUGAGCAAGCCUUGCUUUUGGAAGUCUCUGUCUUCAGGACAAAGCUGGAAAUCUAAAUCCAUGAGGAUUAUUCCGGAUAAGUUUGUGGGAAGCACGUCUGGGGCAUUUGAGCACAGUGUUGUGAUUAGUGUUCGUUGGGGAAAUUCCUGGCAACUAUGGCUUGAGCGAGAGAAGGACGUUCUGUAUAUGAUAAAAGAAGACUGGGAUGAGUUUGUGGAUGACAACCAUUUAGGUCCGAAUGAUAACUUGUUCUUCAGACACGAUGACACGAUGCUUCUUGAAGUGCAAAUCUUUAAGAAUAAUGGUGAUGAGAUCAUGGACGUACCUCUUGGAGUUGAACCCGAAACUGAGCCGCUUCAUUCUAAUCCCUCGAAUUCUUACAAGGAUACAACCACUGCCUCUGCCUCUGCUUCUGUGGAAUUCUCAGCAAAUGGAGGCACCAAUUGCCGAGCGAAAGAGGGUUGUGCUGCUAUCGAAAACCCUGAGCGAUACCUUCUGAACCCCGAGAACCCCUACUUUGUGAAAACGCUGUCCAAAAAGAUUGACGUUCUGUAUGUGCCCAAAACGGUGAUUCAGAAGUAUGGCUUGAAGUUUGGUCCCCAUGAAUCUACCAUGAGUUACCUUCUUCCCAACGAUAAAAUAAAUGGCCUUACUAAAUUCUAUGCCAGUGGUAAAUCGGUUUGUUUCAAUGGCUGGGUGGGUCUAUGUCGAAAGUACAAUCUGAAAGCCGGAGACUCUGUGGUUUGUGAACUUGAACGCUCGGGAGGUCUCGUUACAGCUGUCAGAGUGCAUUUCUUCAAUGAAAAUAUGAGAUGAGUCCCUCUCUAGUGUCUUUUGUUAUGAAUUAGGUUUCUAAACAUUACUGUUUACCAAACUUAUUGUAAUGAAUGUGAGUGACCCUUAUGUUGGUUUAACGAACUUUUACGUGCUAUAUAUGUUCUUCUUCU